GGAGGUAGGGAGCGUGGUUUACGAAGGGUGGCUGUCGAGAGGAGUUGGGGGGGCGCCGCGGCGCCUCUCUUGCCUCGAGCGCAGUGCGACGUCGCGACGCGCCACGUGCGGUGGCAACACACACCGGGGGAGGUACAACGUACAAAAGUCACUUUCUUCCUUCCCAUCGUGUAUCGUCGCGCUCAACGCCGUUUUCAUCCUCGUCCACACGCGUCUUUAUCGUGCUACACCGGUCCACUUCUUGAUAUUCCGAAAAUUUCGUGUCCUAUUACCGCAGGGUUCUGCUAUCGUAGUGUUCACCGAUUAUAUAAGGGGGCCAUCGUUCUAAGUAGUCGCGGUGAGGGUGUGAGAGCGAGAAAGAGAGACAAAGAGAGUGAGAUAAAGGGAGAGAGAAGAGAAGAAAGAAAGAGAGAGAGAGAGAGAGAGAGGAGCGAGAAAGAAGGGGGAGGGAGGACGGAAAGAAGGAACGAGAAAGAGAGGAAAGGAGAGAGGCACGAGUCGAAGGACGGAGCAAUAUCGCACAAGAAAAGGCGAAAGGUAUGGGGAGGGGAGGCGAGUAAAAGAGAGGGCAAGAAGGGGAUCGAGAAGUCGAUGAGAAAGAGAGGAAGACGCGGGUUGCAUUUCGAAUUAGCCUUUGCUAAUCUAGCCGAGUAUUAGGUUACCGGGCCUUGGAUCGUGUUUGUGAAUAAGCGUGCGCGAGUGUGUAUUCGAAAAUAAAAGGACAACCGAGUCGACGAUAUUUCGUGUUUUCGACAAAGUCGACCCAGAGAAUGUUUAUUAUUCGCGAGGAGGUCGAAAGCUUUGGAAACGCGACAAUAUCUUAACGACGCACAUUACGUUCGGUGUCGCGUCGCGCCGCGCACGCUUGCCUUGCGUUUCGCGAGUCGUCGACACGAUGGAUCCUUGCGAGGCCACUGACACGAGUGAAAAGAAGAUGCGUUUGUAAUUUUUCUGUCGUGUUUAUGCGUUCUCAAACGUGAGUCGAACGACGUAUCAAUCGGCGAGAACAUCGCGAGUGCUUUUUCGAACGAUCGUCCUCGUGACGUGUGACGUUGCACCAUUUUCGCGCUCAAAAAAACGAACGGACUGCUUGUGACUCUGUGAUUUUGAAUUUUUUGUCAUCUGAGACUGAUUUCGGUGUGAUUUGGACGUGAAUAAUCGAUCAUUCGUCUUGAAAAACUUGUGAACACAUUGCACGUUGUCGAAGCCACCGACGGAAGAUGCCGCCGACCGAUCGUCUUGGGACGUGAGUGAAAAUUUCCAUAUCGACAAAGUGCCGAUCAGCCACGGGUUUUAAGGGUCCACAACAUUUUUACAAUCACGGAGGACAGUAACAACAAUAUGUCGUACCUCGCUCUGGACUCCAACGCCUGGCAGGACCGUUUAACUGGUCACGGGGGCAUUUCCUCGCUGGGCGGUGGAAACUCGUCGCCGUAUUCAGGCGCCCAUCACCACGGUCACAGAGGCAAUGGAAACGGAAGCGGGAUGCCCCAUCACGGUGGCGCGUCGUUGCCCACCGCCUCCGACUUUCAACCACCGUACUUUCCACCCCCGUUCCCCUCGCACCACCACGCGCCGGCGAGUCCUCAACAUCCGGGCCUCGGCCAGCCGCAACAUCUCGAUUACCUCGUCGGCGACCCGUACACGCAGACGCUCAACACGUUGCAUCAACAUCACUAUAAUCACUUGAGCGCCGCUGUCACGGCUGGCCAAAGGAGCGGCGAUCUUAGGAGGGACGCGGAGGGUAUCCAUGUGACGAACAUGCACGCGUCGUUUCCGUACGACGGUGGACGCAGUAGCGGCGGAGGCGGAGGAGGCGGAGGCGGAGGUGGAGGUGGAGGUGGCGGCGGGCGAGGCGUCGAAUAUGGCGCUGUCCGCCGUCCUGACGCCCUUCUACCACCCCCAGGCCUCGACCAAACCGACCUCGUUCUCCACAGCAGCCUCGUAGACGACCCCCAGGUGAGCGACGAUAACACAAACGUGGACGAUGGAGGGUUCAUGAACGAUCUUCCUCUCUUAAAAAACAUGAAACCGUCGGACAGGAGCGAGAAGGCGAUGCUGACCGGGAACGCGCAGCCUUCGGAUGUGUUCUGUUCGGUUCCAGGACGAUUAUCGUUACUAAGCAGCACCAGCAAGUACAAAGUUACGGUGGCCGAGGUACAAAGACGACUAUCGCCGCCGGAAUGCUUGAACGCGAGCCUCCUCGGCGGCGUCUUACGGAGAGCGAAAUCCAAAAAUGGCGGACGUCUGCUUAGGGAAAAAUUGGAAAAAAUUGGGCUGAAUUUGCCAGCAGGAAGAAGGAAGGCUGCCAAUGUCACGCUCUUAACAUCCUUAGUGGAAGGAGAAGCCAUUCACCUUGCCAGAGAUUUCGGCUACGUAUGCGAAACCGAAUUCCCUGCGAAACAAGUUGCCGAAUACCUCAGCCGGCAGCAUUGCGAACCGCAAGAUUCCUACAGGAGAAAAGAACUUCUUCAUGCCACCAAACAAAUCACCAAAGAGCUGAUGGAUCUUUUGAAUCAAGACAGAUCGCCACUUUGCAACACACGGCCGCAACACAUCCUCGAUCCAAGCAUACAGAGACACCUGACACAUUUCUCUCUCAUAUCACACGGAUUCGGAAGCCCUGCAAUCGUAGCCGCUCUUACGGCAAUACAGAAGUUCCUAAGCGAGUCCCUGAAUCAUCUGGAGAAGAUGUAUCCGGGGAACGGAAGCGGCGUGACAAGUAGUCAACAGUCGAGCCUCGACACGAACAAGAGCAAGGACGGCACGUUGAUGAACGACAUGAAGAAGUGACGCCCAGAUGACCCGCCUACCUCCAACGUGGUCACUUCAAUUAGGCACUCCUGGCCGUACAACUGAGCUUUCGCGAGCUUUUCUUUUUUUUCUAUCCUAAUCGCGAACAGCUUCUUCUGAUGGACCACUGAGACGACACGUAUGUCCACCCACGAGCUCCGUUGUAAUAAUCAAAAGAAAAAAAGAAGAAAGAAAACGAGAAAAAAGAAAGAAAGUGGGGAGAAGAUGUAGAGAAACGAGAAGAAGAGGAAGAGAAUCUCUGUUCUGUUCUCUCGAGGCCUACGUGCUCGCGGAUAUCCGUGUUCGCUGAGGUUGGCUGGUCGAAAGUGUUCUACUAGGUAAACGAAUGACGAAGAAGUCAGGAGAAAUGUGCAAUCUCUGUUAGUCGAUUAAAACGAACGAGAGCCUCGUGGUGAGCCUCGCUCGACAAGCCUCGAAACGAUCGGCAAUGGGAUAAUAAACGAGAUAUUGCUAUGCUUCGUUCCCUCUUGGUUCGAGGACGAGGACACAAGUCAAGGUAUUACGUACGUGUAUCGUUUCGAAGAAACCACACGUUUCCAACGAUUCGCGGUUACGCGCGAUCAACAACGAGAAUGUGCUCGAUUAAGAGUGACUGUUGUUAUCGGUUUGUUCUUUCCACUGCCUGUUUCGAUUCAGUUUGAAAACGCGCCUGUGCCGAAGGAGAAGAAGCAACGUAUCGAUCGAUUCGACGGGAUCGUCGUGGUGUAAUAAAAGAUCGAAAACUUUCAUUCGCGUCUUCCCCGCUCACUUUUUUUCUAUCACGCGCGAUCGUUUCGAGAAAAAUGAAAUAUUUACGCGCGUAUCAUAUUACUUGUGAUAUGUCUUUUUUAGUGAUACAGUCCAAACGUUUGUGCAAUCGAUUUUACCACGAUUUUUACAAAUUUCACGAUAUAUAUACUCGUAGAAUACGCGUUGUCUAAGAAAUUGGAAAAUCUAACGAGAGAAGGAUAUAUUUCGUAUAUUCGUCGAACGCCUUGAUCUUUGUCUCCCUUCUUUUGUGACUCGCGAAUCGAUCGAUAAUCGAGAGGGCGCACAGAGGUAACAGCGACGAAGAAGGCAACAGUUCUCACAGCAACAUGUUAUUUUCUCUUCGUAAUAAUUUUUUCGACUAUUUAUAUUAUAUUGCUCAAGCAUCUGCUACUCUUUGCUCAUUAACGAGCUCAUCCGACACACAGACGCGCAGUAGUAUCGAUUACGACGCUGUUACGUAAGCAUUAUAUAUUGUCAGCAUAGUGAUAUAUUGCUCUCUAUAUCGCGCACGAUUUAUAAUUUAACGAUUUUACAACGAUUGUAAAUCCGCUUGCGUCUUAUGGACCACCUAUGGAUUGACCGAGUCCAUCACGCGUGGAAUAAUUUAACAUUUAAAUAUGAGCACGUAUACAACAAUCGUUCCAUAUUCAUAUUCGCUUCGUCUUUGAAGUUACAUGUUUCCUCGUAAGCGUGAAUAAACAUUACGUUAUCUUUUUCGUUUUUUAAAAAGUAUAAUUUUACGAUUAACGAUUUUAUCAUCAAAAGAUAUCGACUUAACAUAAUCGGAUUCUAAUUGGACUCGGUCAUGAAAUCAUGUUCUAUAUUAUAUUAUUAUAUCCUUUAAUCUCUCUCGUCCUCUCGUUAGAAUAUCUGCGAAUCGAUUAUCCAUUGAGAAUGUAAGAGCAUACGAUCGCAUCGUGCGAGAUUAAAAAGAAAAAGCGUGUCGCAACGAACGAGAAAGAAAAAAAAAAGAAGUGAGAAUUCACACGUGCAACAGCCGUCCGAGGCUUAAAAAAAAAAAAAAAAAAAAAAAAAUUAAAUUUUAGAAUCUUUAUCUAUUAGUAGCCGAGCAAGUUUUAUUUAAAUCAAAAUAACGAAGGACGAUGAACGAUGAUUGCAAUAAUUGUUUGUUCAUCACAAUGAUCGAUUGUUAUAUUCAUCACGGCGACACGCGAGUUUUCGAACGAUUUCGUGGUAGGAAAUUAGCGAAUUUACGAUACGUAAUAGUUUUCUAUAUGCUCGAGUUUCGAUUCACGAUUCAUCCACGCGUAAUAAAAAGAUUUUCUUCUCGAAUAGCUGGAAUAGUUGACGACACACCGUGCGAAUUACUCUCUCCAAGCACUUUCUAUUAGCGAUUCGAUCAUUUGAACAAUGAUUUCAAUCGAGAAUAUUUUAUGAUCACACCGUUAUGCUUAAAGUUGCAAUUCUUGGACAGUAUUUCGAUGCUUUGUUAUUACGCUCGAUUGAUCCGUUUCGUGUAAUGUAAUGUUUCAUAGAUUUGUAGCAUAAAUUCAAUAUAAUAUCACGGUAUAUGACGGAUAGGUCGAACAAACGAGUGACAUAUGUAACUUCGAAAUCGUUAUUGAACAACGUCGAUUGUGUUAUAUUCGUUCGUGCUAAUUGCCGAUUAUUAAUACGUUAUAUGGAUUCAUCUAAUUGUUAAUCUCAAAAAUUUAAGCGUCGAGAGCGAGUUUAACGACAAAAUAGGUAAUUUUUAAUUACAUAUUUUGCUCCUUGUUACUAUUUCUCUAAAAAUUUUGUUCACAUACAGCGUGUGUGCGUUCAUCGGUGUCAACAAAUUGAGAAAAAGAGAAAAAAAAAAAAAGAAAAAGAAAAAGAAAAAAAGAAAAAGAAGGCAAAAACUCUAAGGAUCAUUUUCAUCGUGCCAAUACGAAAGUUGCCAUUUGAGAUGUGCCAAUUAACGAUAUCGAGUUUAGAAAUGUAAGAUCUAUAUUCUGACGAUUAGAAGCGAGUAGCCGAAAAUAUCUAAUAUCGAGCGAACAUCGUUCGAAUUUUAGAGAAUAGACGUAUCGAACUUUUGUUUCGUGAGAAACAAAACGAAAGAAAAUAUAAUCGCGAGAGAAGGAGGAAACGAUCUCGAUCAAUGGUUAUUUUUGAGGUUACUCGAAAAGUUUCGUGUAAGGAGGGGAAAAAGAUAGGGAGAACAAACUCAGAGUGGAAGCACGAGAAAUUGCGUUGAAGUACAAUACCAGGUGAACCUGAGACAUAUCUAACUUUGUAAUUAAAUCUUAGGCGUAUGUAAAUGUAAGAUUAAGAAACCUGAUCGAACGUCUCGCGUUCCGGGAUAUUAUGUACAGAGUAUUUGAAUCUUUCUUGUGAUAUAAUCGUAAUAUUACUAAGGCAUAAACCGAACAAGGCAAGAACGAAAGGAGGGAAAAAACGAGAAGAAAAAAAAAAAAGACAC